AUAAAUGAGUUAGAGAUAAAAUUAAAUUAUAUUAAUUGUAAUACAGCAAUUUGUGGAAUGUGUCCAAAACUAAAGGAAAGUUUACAAUCAAUGACAGAAAAAUACAAUAGUAUUACACAAAAAUGUUCGGCAUUUCAAACAGAGAAAGAAAGAAUGGUUAUGAAAUAUGCAACAAGUGAAAAGCAUGUGAUCGAAGCUCAAAGGUUUGCAAAAUUAACAGAAAAGAAAUAUCACGAUGCUUUAAAGGAAACUGCAAUAUUACAGAAAAAAAUUCAAAAAGCUCAUGAUAGCAUUGUGAAACUUACUAGUGAAGUGAAUUUAAAAUCGUCAGAAAUAGUGCAAUUACGGAAUGAUAAUGAACGUUACAAAAGUAACGAUAAUGUAAAAGAUCUUCAACUUAAAUGUAGCCAGAAUAAAUUAAAAAAUAUUACAGAUACACAUAAAGAGGCACAGAUAAAAUUAAACGAGUCACUGACAAAAAAUUCUGAAUUAACUAAUGAGUGUGAGCAGCUAAAAUCUCAAAUAAAAAAUUUAUUAAUUAAAGCACAACAUUUUGAAGAAAAUAAAGUAACAAUUCUAGAUCAACAACUUAAAGAACAACAAGCUCGUCUAAUUUUAGAACGGCAUAUUGCUGAAGAUUCAGAAAGUUCUCGCGUAAAACUUCAAAAAGAAUUUGAUUUGUUAUUAGAUAGACAGCGCUUUUCAGAUAAUGAAAAUAGCUUACUUAUUACGCAAAUCCGUAAUUUAGAAAAAGAAUGUAUAGAUUAUAAAUCCAAAUGUAAUAUUUUAAAUACAUCUUUUCAAAAAGCUAAUACAGAAAUUCAAACCUUGAAAAAUGAAGUAGCUCAAAUGGAAAUAAUAAAUAAGUGUAUACCAAGCAAAGAACAAAAAAUUUGUGCAAUUGAAGCAGAAUUACAACGUCUUUAUACUGAAAAACAAGAAUUUCUAUCCGACAUAGAAGCAUAUCGACAACGAGAAAUACAUAUGCUUGAUUUUACUCAAAAGCUUACCGAUAAAAAUGUACAACUUCAAUGUGAAUUUACAAAUAUGCAAAAUAAGAUUCGUUUUCUGGAAAAUAAUCAAAAACCUUUAAAUAAAGCCAUUAAUAAAUUUGUUUCUGAAGUAAAAAAUUUAGAAUAUACUUUAUCUUGUGAAGAAAUAAAACGAAUUCAGGAAUGUGAAAUCUUAUCAAAAUAUAUAGCUGAACAAGCAUUUUAUAUCGAAAAACUUUUUUAUCGAUUGGAAGAUUUAGAAGGAGAAAACGUAAUACUUCGUAAAAGAUAUGAUUUAACUAUUAGGGAAAUGACUCGAGAAUUAAAUUUAUAUCACACAAAAGUAAAGAACGCAAAUUUUUUAAAUUCUAAUUCAUCGCUGGAAAAUAACAUUGAU